UGGUUGUUUGAGAAGCUAAUCCGACGCCCCUUAUAUUGUUUUAUUUAUUUAUUUACCAAUGAAUUGAAUUUCCUCUACAAUUAUUUAACAUAAAUCAAGCAAGCACAAUGGAGUUAAUUUACUCCAUGCGACGGAAGCCAUUGAAAUGCGAGCCACCGCACUUCGAAACGUCGUCAGACCCAGAAGUGGUACGCCCAAUCUGCACCAUAUCGGCAUGCAAUAUCAUCGCAUUCUCGUCACCCACGGAGCUGUCGGACUCUGAUGGGUGCACUUGGGGCGGCCACGUGUACGUGUGUGACCUGGACACGCCGUGGGACAGCCACAAAGUCACUAGCACUGUUCAUCCCGUUUCGGCUCUGGAAUGGGACAGCGAAGGCAAGCAGCUCCUGGUGGCUACGACGGAGGGUGAAGUCUCCGUGUUUGGCAUGAAGGAGUUCCUGCUGAACGACUGGGGCUGUCUGUAUAGUGCAUCGUUCCCAGGUGAACACGUGAUAAAGGCAGCGUUCUUCCACAACGGCCGAAGAGUAUCAUGCGACAAGAAGCCGGACGUGCCAGCCGCGGAGCGCCUGCAGUUGUUGAGGCCUACACCAACGCUGAAAGGUUUCGGCGGCAUAGCGUGUGAAGGCGCGUGCAUCAUCACGGCCACGGGCCUCAUCGGAGCCCUGACGCCCGCGACGGAGCCGGGCCGGGCGCUCCGGGGCGCCGAGGGGCUCCGGCCCGCGCGGGACCGCGUGCCGGCCGCCACGGUCGCGCAUAAAAAUGGCACCCUAAUAGUAGCGGCGGGUGGUGUGAAUUGUGUUCGCUGCGCUGUAUGCUCCGUCACGUUAUCCCGCGCCCCGCACCAAGCACCAUCGCUGAUAGUGCAGCCUCUACCGGCGGUAUAUCUGGAUUAUACACCUGUAUCCUUGACAUGGAGUCUCCGAGAGGACACAGACUCUCUCGUCAUCGCUGGCUCCACUCUCUCAGUGUGGAAUCUGACCCAACGGGCACAUCCUGUACAUAAACUACUGUCUAAAGGUCCGUUGCAAGGAAGCACAACUCCCGGAGGCGGACAGAAACCUGGAUCUGAUUGCUUUAACACAGUGGUAUGGCAACAAAUAUCAGUCCUACCCGUGGAGGGCACCGCGCAUGUGUGCUCCCGGCGGCUACACGUCGCGGCGCCUUACCACGUACUAGCAGCCACGGGGCCCAACAGGCUCGUGCUACACCGAGACACGCACAGGCUAACAGCACCGUCAUAUUACGGCACCGUUUUCGGAGGAAUCCAAAGCUUAAGCAACACCGGCCCCUGUGGAGGGCUACGCGCAUGUGGCACCCGGCGGCUCCACGUACUAGCGGCCACGGGGCCCAACAGGCUCGUGCUAUACCGAGACACGCACAGGGUGAGCAACACCGGCCCCUGUGGAGGGCUACGCGCAUGUGGCACCCGGCUCCACGUACUAGCGGCCACGGGCCCUAACAGGUUGUUACUACACCGAGACACGCACAGGAUCAGCACCACAGCUGUGAGUGUGUCAGGGCUGCCGGGGCUGGAGGCGGGCGCUACGCCCCCCAAGAAACACAAAUAUGGUGGAGCCCUAGCGACAGGUGCGGCGUGCGCUAUAGUAUCAUGUGUGGACAUGUCGUGGCUCGGCGGCGUGUGUGUCUGCGUCGACACACAUGCACAACUACACGUAUAUCGUUUACCGGCAGCUGACAUUUCCACGCCAUUGCUAGUUCAGCACACCACAUCUCUGCUAGAGUACGCGAUGGUUUCUGGACUGGACUACCGGGACAUCAUCAUGACGCUAAAACCGAACGCCAUUGAUGCUGUGUAUGAGAGGUUCACGGAGAGUUUUCAACGUCAGCCGCAGGCCUUCCAGCAGUUUUAUUACCAGAACUGGCUCAAACUACGCAUCGCGCUUUGCAGAGUGAUGCCUACAGCCCAAGGCGCGGUGUCGUCGCUAACGCAGCUGACGACACUCGCGGGCGCGUGGGCGGCGCUGGCGGCCGCGCUGCGCGGAGACGACCGGCGGCACGACGACGUGCGGCUCGACGCGCUGCUCGAACACGAACACGACAAGGCUCUAGUAACUCUAGAAGCGAAAGCCGAGCUGUCGAGCGACGCGGUCGCCCUGACGCCGCUGCGACGCAUCCUGCAACAGUGCGUCGACAUCGCGACCACACAUCUGCAACACGCAGCGACCGGACACACACAUCCUGCGUCGACAUCGCGACCACACAUCUACAACACGCAGCGACCGGACACACACAUCCCCGAUCUGUCGAGCGACGCGGUCGCUCUGACGCCGCUGCGUCGCAUCUUGCAACAGUGCGUCGACAUCGCGACCACACAUCUGCAACACGCAGCGACCGGACACACACAUCCGUAUGAGACGUGGACGGACGGCACGGCGCUGACGCUGCUGCGCAAGCUCGUGGUGGCGGCGCGGGCCGCGGGCCGCGGCGGAGAACCCCUGUCCAGGGCUCUGGCCAGGCUCCAGCACCAGAACACUAAGGAGGUCCGAGAAGAGUGUGCAACACUAUGCCUCCAGCUGACUACGCCUCGCAUCUGGGACUCGCUGCCUCGCUGUACCGUCUCCGCACCACACGGGAAACCGUGGCCGCAUUAUUUUGAAUAUGGUAUAGAGCCCGAAGGUUUGAGAUACGCCCCCGAGCCGCCGAACUACGGCACUAUGUGCGAAGUGAUGCCUUCACUAGGGAUGGACUGUAUACGGUACAUGUACCUAGGCGCCGGCGCAGGCUCGUGUCGCGCAUGCGCGCGGUGCGGUGCGCGCGCGCUGGCCGCCGCGCGCCCCGCUAAGCAUCCCACGCAGAAGGCCUACGACGGACGGUUCCUGGCCGCCUGCAGGUGCGGCGGUAAAUGGACUCUGGUCUCAAAUUACUAAACGACAUGCUGAAUAUUAAUUAAGAGUAGAUUAAGCUCACUAAUACAUUUUAUAGGUACUUGUAAAUAGAACCAUGAAUUUACCAAAAUAAAAUGAACUUUUGAUAUUUUAAUCAA